UGCAUUCACUAUACCUGGUCUCCCCGGACCCUGCAUUCACUAUGUCUGGUCUCCCCCGACCCUGCAUUCACUAUGUCUGGUCUCCCCCGACCCUGAAUUCACUAUGUCUGGUCUCCCCCGACCCUGCAUUCACUAUACCUUGUCUCCCCAGACCCUGCAUUCACUAUAUCUGGUCUCCCCAAACCCUGCAUUCACUAUAUCUGGUCUCUCCGGACUCUGCAUUCACUAUAUCUGGUCUCCCCGGACUCUGCAUUCACUAUAUCUGGUCUCCCCGGACCCUGCAUUCACUAUACCUGGUCUCCCCGGACCCUGCAUUCACUAUAUCUGGUCUCCCCGGACCCUGCAUUCACUAUACCUGGACCCUGCAUUCACUAUACCUGGUCUCCCCGGACCCUGCAUUCACUAUACCUGGUCUCCCCGGACCCUGCUUUCACUAUGUCUGGUCUCCUCGGACCCUGCAUUCACUAUAUCUGGUCUCC